AUCUCAUCAAGCCUCAUCAUGCUCUUUCCUUGGCAGAGAGACGUCCGAAGUUGCCCUCCAGGUCAAAAUUACUACGGCUGUUCUGCAGUGUCGUAUGCUGGCUGUUGCGCCCAUGACCCUUGUGGGUCAGGAGUAUGCAUAGACGCCCCCUUCGCAUCGACACCCGGUUCUUGUGGAGGUAGGCAGACAGUCACUGUGACAGAGACAAUCUUGCACGGUGCUGCUACAAGCACAGUCGACCCAAGCAACAGCGCUUUCCUGACUUCGACAACAGGUGAUGCAGGUGCUGCUACGACUACUACAGAUUCGUACAGUCUCGUCUCCAGCUCCAGCUUCAGUGGUUCAGGUUCUAUUACUGUUACAGGCCCCUCAACAUGGGCGGAUGCUGUUCAACCACUCACUUCUGAUGUCGUUCCUACAAGCAUUCCUGCCGUCAGCAGCACCACCGUAACCAACUCAGCCGCAACCACGAAGACGCUGAGUCUAGUUGUUGCGUCUCCAAGCUUGAAGCCGACCACUAGCCCGUGUCCUACACCAGGUAUUUCGAAGCCAAAACCACCGCCACCAGGCACGAUCGCGGGUAGCGUCGUUGGAAGUAUGGCAGGCCUGGCUCUCAUCAUACUGCUCCUAACCUGGUGCAUGCGCCGGAAGAGAAAGGUGAAGUUUACUUUCAAGCGAAAGUCGAAGAAUCCGGACCAAGAACGCAACUCGGAGGAUGUGGAAUCCAAACCUGAACCAAGCGUGGCUGCUCUUUGGACUGCAGAACAAAAUAAACCCUUACCUAGCCCACGCUCGUUUGAUUUUGGCCUGCCACGAAUACCGCAGAACUCAACCGCUCUCAUGCCGAAACAAUGGAUCUGA